UAAUCGAAACCGGGAAAUCGGCGAACGCCACCGUCGGUGGGGGAUAAUGACUCCGCCAGCCAUUCUGCCCUACCCAGGAUCGUGUUUCUUGGCUCUUGAGGGAGAAAGGAAAUGUUUAAUCUCCUCAAAUCUCUUCGGCAAGACCAGUGAAGCUUUGUUGGCUAAUCUCGCGUGGUUCCGAAGCAAGACUGGCUACACCGCAGAGCCUGCGCCCAGCUCAGCAUGGAAGCCUCGGUGCGUGAACAGCGCGACGGAGAUCGGCGUGCGCGAGAAUUGUACCAUUACUUCCAACCCGACAAUCCGGCCCUUCUGUCGCCAGGGGACGCCCAUGCGAUCCCCUCCGCAUCGACCGUGAAAUCCAGCCCCAAUCUGGUUUUGACCGCGCUCACCCAACUCGCGGCCGUGAAACUUGGAGUUCAACGGGCGAUCAUCAGUCUCAUCGAUCGGGAAACACUGUACGUGGUUGCAGAGGCCUCGCGGUCACUACAUUUGGGCAAAUUUGAUGUUUUUGAUGAUGAUGGGGACGGGCUCUGGAUGGGCUGCGCACGCGGUCCGGUAGCGGGGACCCUAUGUGAGGUACACUGCCAAUGUGGAAAUGACCAUCAUAUCACCUUCCUGGGCUUUGCUAAUUUGCGCCUGUCCAUUCAGAAAACAAUUACAUUACUCCCGACCCCCGAGCGAAAAUACCCGUUCUUUGUGGUGGAUGAUUUGAGACUACAUCCGGCGUAUUGCAAUAUACCAUGUGUCGCCAGGGAUCCUUUCUUUCGCUUCUAUGCCGGCACACCCUUGACCACGUCGAAUGGCAUCAAUAUUGGCAGCUUAUAUGUGAUCGAUCCCCGGCCCAACUUGCCUUUGACCGAAGCCCACAGAGAGACACUGGGAUCUAUUGCGGAUGCCGUGAUGGACUACAUGGAAACGUCGCGCCAAUCGCUUGAAGCCGAACGCUUGACCAAGUUGCUAUCGGGUCUCAGUACGUUUGUGCAAGGGGAAGAUAAUGCCGACCCCUUGAACAAGUCAAUGCCUCAUAGCGCCGCUUCCUCGGACCAAGACCGUUCCCGUACACCAAGUCCCCAUCAUGGAGAGAAGCAUAUAGCGACAUCGCCAUCCCCUAGGGAAACGAACAGAAGUCCACCUUCACCAGCCGUCAGUCAAUUGAAGGGUGUCGCUAACCCCGCAAAUCAUGCGAUACCUCUUCUCCCACCGGCAACGCACAUAGCAUCAAGUCCGCAUGUGCCAGCCUCGUCAUCGGUUUCUAGUGGUAGUAGAGUAAACCAGACCUUCCAGCGCGCAGCAAGCCUCAUGCGACAAAGUCUGGGGUUGGAAUCACAUGGCGGCGUCCUCAUCGUCAAUACCAACGUACCCGCUGAGACGAACGCCGUUCAUGGUGUCGGUCAGCACCGCCAUAAGGGAAAGAUGGUCAGAGUCUGCGCCCUGGUGGAUGCAGAGGUCCCCUCCAUCGAAAGUGGCUCGGGUUGCAGUUCACUACCCGCUACACAGAUGGACCUUUCCUUCGCUCGCCGAGUCCUUCGGCGUUACAGGCGCGGUGGGCUAUGGUAUUUCCACCAGGAUGGAACCGCCUUCUCGUCCGAUGAUGAAGAGAUUAGCUGCAAGGGUCAAAGGAAUGAGUCAUUUUCGCCUUCGACAAUGCACCCACAGUCCUUCGGCACAAUGCCAGCAAAAGAUGCCAAAGCUUUGAAGAAGUAUUUUCCUUCCGCAACGAAGAUUAUCUUCGUUCCUCUUUGGGACUCGUUCAGUUCUCGCUGGUUUGGGGGCUGUUUCAUCUGGAGCUCUCUCGAAACUCGUGUUUUCAGCGCUCAUGUUGAUCUUGGCGGCCUUUUUGGAUUCGGCUCGUCGUUGAUGGUCGAGUACAGCCGUAUCUUAAGUCAGGAUUCAGACAAAAAGAAGGCCGAUUUUAUAAGUACCAUCUCCCACGAAUUGCGCAGUCCAUUGCAUGGGAUUCUAGCAGCCAAUGAGCUUCUUGCAGAAUACGUCGUGUCGGAGUCUGCGAGCAGGCUGCUUGACACGAUCCGUGCAUGUGGCCAGACUCUCCUUGACACAUUUGAGCAGAUUCUCGACUACACCAAAAUCAACUCUUUCGCAAGCAAGCGACAGCACUCUCGCAAUGACAAACUUACCUCUCAACCCUUGCAUAUUGCCAAAUCAGUGAACGUCGUUGAACUCGUUGAGGAAGUCGUCGAAAGUGUCUUCGCGGGCCAAAUUUUGUCGGGUGUGAUGACUCCAUUCGGUAGUUCCCCUGCAAAUUGGUCUUUGGAUGUGAACGGGGUCCAGAAUACAGCAUUGGAGCUCGGUGAUUGCGAUCACGUCGAUCUUAUACUUGAUGCCGCACACAAGGAUUGGGAGUUUGUCCUAGAACCAGGGGCACUGCGUCGCAUUGUUAUGAAUGUGUUGGGAAACGCGUUAAAGUAUACACAACGGGGAGCCGUCACUAUCCGUCUUGAGAUUCAGGAGAAUCAUGAUGGAGACACUAGUCAGGCAUUGUCUGUACACGCUGAUUCCCAGGUCCUCCUUAUUACUGUCUCUGAUACGGGAAAAGGAAUUUCUGCAGAAUAUCUCCAGUCCCACAUCUUCACGCCAUUUUCUCAGGAAGAUGGGCUAUCUCCGGGCACGGGUCUUGGUCUUUCACUUGUUCACAGUAUCCUCCGGUCGGUUGAUGGAAAAAUUGCGAUUGAAAGUCAAGUCGGAGUCGGAACUACUGUCAAGAUGGCCUUUCCGAUCUCUCAGCCGCGCCAUCGCAAGCCUUCAGAUACCCAGACCCCCAGAUAUAGUUCCCUUCUUCAAUCGUCAAGCCCGAUUGCAGCUGUGCGGAGUAGUUUGGAAGGCAAGAUUUUGCGGGUUAUCACUCCGCAAGAUCCUGCAUCUGUCCCCUCUCCUCCGAAUAAUAUGAUCAAGUACUACCUUACGGAAUGGUUUGGAAUGAUCAGUCAGACCAACGAUUCCACUUUACCCGCCGAUUUAUCAAUAGUUGAUGAACAUGACCUUCACCUUCUGGUCAGCCCACCACAGACUCUGCUCCUUGUUCUCUGCCACCGAGGGCCCAAAUCAUGGUCGAGAACGGUCGGUCCAAACAAGAUCCUUCCGAACUCCUUUCGCGUUACUCUACCUUGCGGUCCUCAUCAACUAGCCCGAACGCUUUUGAAUUGUUUUCAGGGCACGAGGCUCAAGAAGUCACCCUCAAUUGAUAAACGCUCGUCUUUGGAACUCUCAAGUCAUUCAUUUAAAUGUGACCAGGUUUUGAAGACUGAGAUCUCUUGCAACCCCGCGGCUGCGGAUCCUCCGUCCCCGCAAAAAACCUCAUAUCUUAAUCAGACAAUUGGCUUGAAGCCCCAUAUUACAGAGUAUGGUGGCGAUAAGCCGAAGAUUAGCGCCAUCCCCUCACCCCCUGUGGAGGAAAACUCGCCGAAUAUUGUCGCAAAUAAUUUACAAAGCAUGCAAGUGUCACCGAACGGCUCAAAACCUAGGCCGCGAAUCCUUUUGGUAGAGGACAACGCCAUCAACCUCGCUUUAUUGGAAAAGAUUGUCGCGCGAACGAAACCUGAAAUCCUCGACACGGCCACCAAUGGACAGGAAGCUGUCAACUCGGUGCGGGCGAUGUCCGGUGGCUAUCAGUACAUCUUUAUGGAUAUAUCUAUGCCUAUAAUGGACGGGUUUGAAGCAACCCGAAUAAUUCGAUCGAUUGAAAGGGCACGCCAAGCACAAAUACCUGCCAAAAUCAUUGCACUUACUGGCUUAGGAUCUGAUGAACAUAUUGCGAGGGCGUAUGAGGCAGGCGUGAAUCUUUUCCUUACGAAACCUAUCUCCUUCAAGGAGAUCUUACGCCUUUUGAAUGAGGACGAGCAUCGCCGAGUAGCAGUCCCCGGCGUGCAAAGUCCAUGAUAACCUAAGUAGAUAGAUAUUCAUUUUCCAGUUUUACUUCUCAGGCUUAUUGAAGAUAAUUAAGAAGGCAAUACGAAUGGAGUCAAUCUGUUGAAGUUGAAAAACUUCCUGAGAGCUUGUGGAGGAUGGGAGUGGGAUAUUCAUAGUUAUACUAUAUAAUUCUUCACGGUUUCUAGGACUAUUCUAGUGUCCUAUUUGCCUUCCAGAUCGUCGGGGAUCUGUAUUACGUCAAAUUCCAUUGUCUACUUCGAUGAUUUUGACAUUUGAUUAGGGAAAUAGGAUGGCUCAAGUUCUUCCUUUCCCCUAUGCAGGACGGGGGAUGUUUCGACUAUGG